ACCUAAGGCUGUUGUGUAUACACAAUCAAUUCCUGAUGUGCAAAGUGAUGUGCAGACUGUUUUAAACUGUUCGAAACCUUCCAUUGAUAUAUUUUGUUAUUGUUUUUCUUAUCAAAUGAAAAAUCAAAUUUUCAUAAAGACGGCUUUUUCUUUUGUACGACCGUGUUUGAUGGCGAAGGAGGAAAAUAGAAAAUAAAGAUGUCGUUGUUAGCUGUGAUCCCUUCUUCGCUGACGUCCGGUCUGUCCCCGUGGUAUUUCUUCAAAGGGUCGCUGGUAAGGCCGUUGUAUGCUGCCAACUUUUGCCUGUUAAACAGUAGAAAGCGGAAUGAAGAAGUUGCCUGGCAGAGGUUCAUGUCGAGCUCUAGAGCCAGGAGGAAGGCGUUGCACAAUACGCUGAAGGACCGGAGCGAGCAGUUUUGGAAGACGGAGCAGAAACUUAGGACAAGGAGCCGCAUCCUGCUUAACAACCUAGAGCAAAAGUACAAGAUAAAAGAAAAGAUGGAGAGGAUAAUAGAAAGGGAAAAUAUCUGGACUUUUCCGAACAUUCUCUGUUUGAUGCGCAUAUGUGCCUCUCCGUAUCUGGGCUACCUGAUAGUCAAGGAGGAUUUUAACAUAGCGUUUUACCUCAUGAUGUUUGCCGGUUUCACUGACUUGCUCGAUGGUCUUAUAGCAAGAAAUUACCGGAGUCAGGCGUCGAAACUGGGCAGUUUCUUGGACCCCCUCGCUGACAAGAUUCUCAUCUCGACUAUGUUCAUCACCAUGACUUAUGUCGAUUUGGUCCCGGUCGCGUUGACAAGUCUCAUAAUUGCUCGAGAUGUAUGGCUUGCUGCGAUCGGGUUUUACAUCCGGUACUUGUCGCUUCCUCCUCCCAAGACUUUUGCGAGAUAUUUUGACCUGUCUCAUGCGACUGCAAAAAUCAAACCUCUCUUUAUUAGCAAAGUCAACACUCUGUUUCAACUCGCAACUGCUGGCAUUUCUCUCACGUCCCCUGUUUUUGGCUUUAGCGACCACCCCUAUUUACUUUAUCUCUGGAGUGUGACUGCCUCUACUACAAUUAUUUCAGCUAUAUGUUACGUAUAUUUUUCAAAAGAUACUUAUAAAAUUUUGAGAAAAGCGGGUAGUUCUUGAUUUUUGUUCUUGUUAUCGGUGAAACAUAUAUAAGAAUGUAUAUAAUAAUAAAGUUUUAUGGA